UGCACAACCGGUUAGAGUGAGACGUGUGCGAGGCGCGUAAACAAAUAUUUUUUUGUUGUUUACGACUGCAUCGACCGAUUCCCCGUAAUACUGCAUUAUCGCUGCUUUGUAUUAUAUAAACAAUCCGUAAUGAUCCUUAUUGACAAUGGCUAAGGAUACAAUUUUGCAUGAAGACGAUUAUACAAUUCAUUUGACGGAGAACGAUGCUAACGUUAUAUGCAUAGAAAAAACUUACGAUGAACAAACACAUUUGGAGCAAGAUAUGGAAAUGAUUGAUACGAAUAGAAAACGUAUGUUACAUGAGGUGGACGAAAAUACAGAAGAGUGGCAAGAAGUUACUAAACAUGCUAAGAAAAAGGUGAGGGUUUUCGAUAACAAUUUAGAAGAAAAUCUUAUUCAAAUCGGAAUUACGAGUAAUAAAGUCUUACCUAAACAAUUUGCAUUAGCAAAAAUAUUGCGAGAGAACCAAAUCGUGAAUGUCAGUAAGGUUAAAUACAUAAAUCCUAUUUAAAGAUUUAGGAUGGCGAUGUCAAAAAUCAUGGGAAGUAGGAAUAUCAUAUGGAAUUAUUAAAAAUAUAGACAAAG